ACACAAUAAUAUUUCACGCGCUGGACAGAGAAUAAUCCUUUCAAAUAUGGCAGAGCAUUGGAAGUCAGCCCCCAGAUACUGGUGCAAACAAUGCAAGAUUUUCAUCCGAGAUACGGCAUUCGAAAAGACCCAACAUGAAGCAACAGGCAAACACCAAGGAAACUUAAAGCGAUUCCUACGGGACAUCCACCGAGACAAUGAGCGCCAACAGCGGGAAACUCAGAGGGCAAAGAAUGAGGUUGAACGACUCAGACAAACUGUCUCCGGCAACACUGCUGGGAAUAGCGGCAAUGCAGCCUCCUGGAAGCCAGCAGCACCAGUUCCCCAGGCGCCACCGCGGUCAGUUUCCCUGGACGAGAGGAAAAAGCAGAUGGCGCAAUUGGCGGAGAUGGGUGUUGCGAUACCGGACGAGUACCGUGGUGAUAUGGCCCUGGCUGGAGAGUGGCAGACUGUUUCCGAGAAAGUGAUUGGCGCGGAUGGAGAAAAGACGGGUCCUUCGCUUGGGGUUCGCAAGCGCAAGCAUGAGGGGGAUGAGGAAGAGGAGGAGGCUAAACGGGAGGCGGAGAGGUUUGUUAGCAAGGGUUGGGGGUCGAGGACUCGGGAGUACCCCGGUGCGCAGGACGAUGCGGAUUUGGAUGCCCUCCUAGAGUCUACGAAGGAUGUUAAGAAAGCGAAACCUUCGACUUCUGAGGCGACUCCUAAAGAGAACGAUGAGGAAGCUGUUGAUGUCCUGGCUAAAGGCGAGGGUGACUCUGCAGCUGCAGAGUCGGAGCAGAUGCCGCAAACUGAAAAGGAACCGUCGGAAGCUGCUGCCGUGCCUCCUGGGCCCGUGGCUAAGAGUGAACCAGAAGAAGCGAGUACGGGCGUCGUUUUUAAGAAGCGCAAACCAAAGGUUAUGAGAAAAUAGGCCAACAUUGGGUAUGCGCUUCAAUUCGUCUAUGUUGCGCUACUUCACGUACCGGAUGAGUGGCUCAUCCGUAAACUCAUGUUCAUUUGCUGGUCCACAACCAGUGCAUGUCUUGACCAUACUUGACCGAGGGGUAAAGAAUAUACCAGAAAUGAACUACAGAGCGAUACGGCCCUAUUUAUGCAUUGCGGAUGGCUUGUCUACAGGAAGAAUACUGAGCCAAUUAUCGGUUGCGGUUGCCUGCUGGGUCAAGGUUAUUCUCUCCUGAUCGUGGAUGGAUAGAUUUUGGCUAACAAAAUGGAUCAUGGGCGUGAGUUAAUCUGAAGAAGGCUCGGGCCAUGCCUAUACAUACUCAACAAUGGAGUGUAUCAAAGCACCGACAUCUACUCAAGUGAACAUCAAGGUUUCUCUUUUUUAUUUUUAUAUUCCAAGGGAGAUUGUACCAUGGAGAAUUAGACAUGGUGUGAAAAAUGAGUGCGAUCCAAGGGACAUAAAUUGAACAUAUCGAUUUCAGAUGGUGGCCACCAGUUAAUUCUCCGAGAUUGAC